AGUGAUCAUAACCCAUGCCCUGUUAGUGUUGGAAAAAAGUUAUAAAAGUAUGGGGUAAGCUUGAUAGUCUAGGAAAAUAUGGAAAAUAUAUCAUGAAGGGCUUCCUGUUUUCUAGGAUUAAUGAGGAGAUGCUUUAAGAAGGAAUGGGUAGACUUGAGCCCUGGGCCACUGGAGCUGGCCCAUACUGGUGUUGCAAUGGAGCAGAGGAUUGUAGGGGAAGGUAGCCAAACAGUGGCUAGAUUGUGUUUUCCAACUUUGGGGCUUAUCCCUGGUUGCCUACCACCGAGUGAAAAUGAAGGGAUGCCUAACUAAUAGGGUCUCCAGGGAAAAAAAUAUUAGCCUGUUUUCCAUUUUCAUUUUUUCACUGCACAUUAUGUUGACUAGUGUGAAGUGUUGUAGUUGUCAGUACAUAUCUGAUACAAAGUGACCAAGCAGUGAAUCAUGUACAUUUGGGAAAGAGGUUGAUUCUUUUUAAACUGACAACUGUUGCUUUUUCGAAUGGUCCGCUGCAAAGGAAAGGAGAAAAUGCAGUUGAGUAACUUAGAGACACAUUUUCAUUGUUAUCAAAAAAUUAUUCAAAUGAUAGAGUAACCUUUUUAGUGAAUGAGAUUUGACAUUUAAAAGUAGUAAUGGGAUAUGAAUGCUGCUUGUUUAAUGGUUUCUGUGUUUGGGUUUUAAUGUAGAAAGGAAAGAUAAGUGGCAUUGUCUUCAAGACAAACAUAUUUGUCUUUCUAGAAGUUUUAGUGUGCAUAGUCUAUGAUUCACAUUUGUGUGCUUCUGUUUUUCAUUGAUGUGUGUUUUUCCUGAUAUUUAUGCUUAUUCUGUUUUGAGAAUACCAUUAUAAUUAAGAGAGCAUCUAAUGAAAGAUGUGAGGUAGUAAUUUAGUUUUAUUAUUUAUAGCUUAUUGACCUAAACACCUGAAGAGAUAGGGUUCUAUGAGGAAGGAAAUAUACUUCUGUGACUGUUAAUCAUUGGAGGAUGAAUGAUCUUGCGUGAUUUGAGAGGGUGUUGGAAUUGAUAAAAUACAACCGGUUCUUAAGGUUACUAGAAAAUUUUGUGUUUGUUUUCAAAUGCCUGUUGCUUGAAACCUGUUUCAGUGGAAGACAUGAACUUUGAUUUUCAUUCCAAAAGUCUGAAAUCACUUACCACUUUUUUUUUUUUUUAAAGGAAUAAUAUCACCCAUUAACAGGCGGUCCUAUAGCUGGCCUAAUUAUUUUUCCAUUUUUGAUGAUUUGUUAUUGACCUGUCUAAACUAUUUUUCUCUUUGUUUAGUAAUGUACUUUAUAGAAGUUAUAGGUCAGGGCUCAAGGAAGAAUAAGGCUUUCUUAUAUACAGUGGGAGAUUUUUCUUUGUCAAUUUUUGAGAAAAAAAACAUUUUUGUAUUAACAUUAGUUGAUCAGUAUGACUUUAAAAAAGCUGCUACUUGUGUGACUUGUGAAUUGUUUUUGUAUGGUGUUUGUAGUUGGGACAGUGUGGUGAAAUGUGAAGGAACUCUAGAAGGAACCAGAGUGUUGGGGAUGUGGGGGAGAAUGCCAGUCCUGGUGCUGCCUGAUAACAAUGUUAUCAUCUCAGGAAGUUACUUAACUUACUCUGUUUUGUAAAAAUGGGGAUUAAAAACACUUACCUCCCUACCAGGAUUAUCAUUGAGGAUCUGUUGAGGUAUUGUUCUCUCUAAAUAAUAUCUUUAUACCAAAGACUUUUUCCCUAAUCAACAAGUUAUUUCUUGAGUAAUCUAAAUUUUUCAAAUAUAGAUUUUUUUUUAAUUUUGGAGAAGAAUCAAAUUUAUCAUUGAUAUAAGAGUAAUGUUUAAAGGUAUAGGUACAUUUUAUUUUAAGAAAAAAAAAAUCAGUACUUAAUGAGAAAACCAAACUUUACAAUAAACAGAUUAAAGGCAUACUUAAUCCCAAGAGCUUUCAUUUAAAUAACCCACUUCCCUGUUCUGUUACUAUAAACAGCAUACUUUUUAAAGGAACCGAACUGUUGUUGCAUAGUAGGGAUGUGGGAGUAGGGAGUGAGUGGUCUUGUGGAAUUUCUUAUUUAGUAAAAUGAUAAAACUGUUAGAUCACUGGUUAACUUCUUUUGGAUUAUGGACUUUUAAAUAAGUACUUGGUAUAAACUGUGCAACUGUCCAGGAAAAUGCAUAUAUAUACAACUUUUUUGUUUUGUUUUGCACAGGCUCAAGUACCCCCUGGAACAGAUGAUCUCUCAGUUCUCUUUCUUAAAUUUUAGGAUACUGUGAUUCUAAAGCAUUCUCUUAUUUUUGUCUCUAGUAAUUAUAUGCUAUUAUAUUAUUAUAUAGUCAUAAAAAUCAGCCUUUUGGAUUUUUAAAAUAUUAUCUUUAAAAAGAGAACUCAUUCAAAUAAACAAUCACCAAAACAACAUGUGUUACUUUUAAAGAAAACUUUUGGGGUGAAGUAGGAAACUAUAAACAAGCACUGCUAGGAAAGGUUGAAUAAAGAGCUAUUGUAGAAUAACAUAAACAAACAACUUAGAAAGUCUCUAGCUUGAGGAAAUAGUCUGUGGCAAUCUGUGGCCCUGAGUGGGAGGACAUUGCCUAUCUGGUGGUGUUUGGAAAUAUUGUAGAAACAUUUUUGGUUGUCUCAAAUGGGUGAGGGGGCACACACUGGCAUUUAGUGGGCACGAGCCAGGGACGUUAAGUGUUUUGCAAUGCCUAGGGCAGUUUCACUCAGCGAGGAAUUGUCCUGCCAAAAAUGCCAUUGCCCUCUGACAAACACUGGUGAUUGUGAGCUGGGGCCUGGCACAAGUGGAAAGAGCUUUUUAAGCUGAAGUUAUUAAGCUCUUACAGAAACAUAAUGUCAACACACCAUAUCCUUUGCCAUUAAUUCCCACUUGAAAAAAAUCACAGACAUAAAAGAAGGAUUUACUAGAGGAAUUGGGGCUACUUAAAAUGUAUGUAUACUUUUUGUUCUCGAGUAGCCAUUUUAACAGCAGAAGUUGGGGCACCUCGCUGUGUCUACUGGAAGUCUGGGAAGUGAAAGGUCUUAGGUAGUACGGUGGCAUAAGAGUCUGUAAAUUGGCCAUAUGAUAUUUUUUUUCUUUAAAAUACCUUUUUACACCUUGACCUAGUAAUUUUGAAGAAAAUUUCAAAGCAUUUUUGCAUUUACUGUCAUGAUCUCUGUGAUACUAUAUGGUUGCCUUCUUACAUUGAGGAUAUAUUACAGUUGAGUUCGAUUUUCCAUGUCUGCCAUCUUUUCAGUAACCAAAUCCCCUUCCACAAAUCCAUGUGCCAAAAAAGAAGUCUGAGGAGUUAGGCCGGAAUAGGACUCAGGUUUAGAGGGAAGAGGAUGGGUUUUGGACUCAGACCUAAGGAUUUCUGGUAGGUCCUCUUUUAGGAUAAGAUGCUGUAACUGUUGAAACGCCAGUCUGCACUGAUUCACAGACAGUUGGCUUUUCAGCUGGGAAGCCUUUUUCUCCCCGCCUUGCUGGUUUACUGAACUGAUGAAACCAUGGCAGAAGGAGAGACAGAAUCACCUGGGCCCAAAAAGCGCGGCCCCUACAUUUCAUCUGUCACUAGCAGGAGUGUGAACUUGAUGAUUCGUGGAGUGGUACUAUUUUUUAUUGGAGUAUUUCUUGCCUUAGUGUUAAAUUUACUUCAGAUUCAGAGAAAUGUGACGCUCUUUCCACCUGACGUGAUCGCCAGCAUCUUUUCUUCAGCGUGGUGGGUACCGCCGUGCUGUGGCACAGCCUCAGCUGUGAUUGGGUUAUUAUACCCCUGCAUUGACAGGCAUCUAGGAGAACCACAUAAAUUUAAAAGAGAGUGGUCCAGUGUGAUGCGGUGCGUAGCCGUCUUUGUUGGUAUAAAUCAUGCCAGCGCUAAAGUGGAUUUUGAUAACAACAUACAGUUGUCUCUCACACUGGCUGCACUCUCCAUUGGACUAUGGUGGACGUUUGAUAGAUCUAGAAGUGGUUUUGGCCUUGGAGUAGGAAUUGCUUUUUUGGCAACCUUGGUCACUCAACUGCUAGUCUAUAAUGGUGUUUAUCAAUAUACAUCUCCAGAUUUUCUCUAUGUUCGUUCUUGGUUACCAUGUAUAUUUUUUGCUGGAGGCAUAACGAUGGGAAACAUUGGUCGACAACUGGCAAUGUAUGAAUGUAAAGUUAUCGCAGAAAAAUCUCAUCAGGAAUGAAGAAGGCAAAAAUGUAUCUUCUAUACAGAAAAACAGGAUGAAAAGGGCACGUAAAUGAUCACUAUAUCAACAAAGCUUUGGACUGUAAAAUUGCCAGGAUGCAGUUUUUCCCUUGAUGGUGUAUAUAUUUGUGUGUAUGUGUGUGUGUGUAUGUGUGUGUAUAGAUAUAUACGUAUAUACACACACGCAUACACACACUUCCACACAUAUACAUGCACAUACGCAUGUAUUACUGCAAUCUGUGAUUGCUUCAUCUGUAAAUCAGUUACAAACCUUGAUGUAUUUGACUUAAAUAACUAUAAAAUAUAUAUGCACUACAUUAAACAGCGUGUUCAUUAAUAGAUGAAAUUUUUUAAUUAAUUUUUUUAAACAUACCAUAUAUUGUAUCACAAUGUUGAUGUGCCAAAAUAUUCUGUUAUUGUCAUGCAGAGUAUAAGAAUGCUUGAACAGUUUAUAAACUUAGUAAAAUAAAAUAAGAGGAAAGCCAAAAAAAAGAGAAAGAAAAAGAAAAGGGGAGAGCUAGUAUAUUCUCUUCUGCUUAUGUUGUGCCUCUUCAUUUUUCUAAUGGCAGCGGUAUGAGCUAUGGGCGCCCUGAUGGGUGGCUAGUUUCUAUUUUAAUGUCAUCUCAGAGAGCGUGGGUGUUUUAAUUGAUAAUGAAAAUGAACUUACAUAGAACAUUUUAAAACCUGCAUUACUGGAGAGCGUCCAAAAAGGAAUUCUGCUGGAGGUAAAGGUGAUGAGCAGGAGAGGGUUAUCAGCGUUAAAUUGUUUUAAGUCUAAGUCUGCAAGGCUAUAUGUAAUUAAAAGAAGGCACCACUGGGAAAUUUAGCUAGAAUAAAUAUGUUAUAGAAAUACCAAAAUGACCUUUUGCAGUGCCACAAAGUGUGAAAUGAUGUUGUUAUUUGCAGUACAGUAACUCAUUGCUUUUGCACAUGGAACACCCAAGAAACCCUAAACAGAUCAAAAUGAAGUUUCUAAUUCUCUUGGGUUCUGUAAUCUGUUGGGUUCUGUGAAGCAAACCACAUUAGCCCGGCUGGGUCACGUGACUGAGGGUCAGUGGAAUGACAUCUGGGGAAUGGAUGAGCACCUCACUUUUUAUAUAUUCAUAUGUCCAUGAGUGAACAGUUCAAGCCUGUUCCAGAAUGUCCUGAGAUGGCAUAUACCGUGCAUGUUAAAGAUUUCGAUAGCAGUUUUGUGCAUAUCUUUCCAACAACGGGAACCAUUUAAGUGUGGUUUAAACAUUUUUAGUUAACUUUUUCCUCAGUUUUUAUUUUUGAAAUUGAUGACAAUCGUCUGAUACACAAGGGUGGAACUUUCUCCUUACUUUGGGUCUGUGUGUGUGUGUGUGUGUGUGUGUGAUUGAGUGAGAGAGAAUGUACAUGUAGAAAUGUAUGUGCAUGUGCCCAUGCUCUCGUAAUGUGUCAACUAGAUACUGUUUAAUUUUGGUGUUUAAAACCAUUGCUGUCAGACUGAGAUCUUAUAUGCCAAACUUUAAUCUGCUUUUACAUUUUAUGGCUGAAAGUAUGAAGAUCCUAAAAGGAUUUCAUACUGAAUAUAUGUAUACAAUCUUAACUAUAGUGGUGGUAAACAUACUACUAUAAUUUAUUAUUCUAUCUUCCAGAUAAUGUUAUUCAUUUAGAACAAAUAAGGUAUAUUUUUAGAAUCAACUUUGUAAGCACUAUAAAUCUUUAAUAAGUUAUAAGGUCUAUGAUGUGUUUACUUUGAAAAUUGCUGUUAAAAGCAAGAUGUAUUAAAUACAUAAUUAUCAUCUUG